AUGACUGAACAGUCGAACCACGCCAUUGUCUAUGGUGCGUCGGGAUUAGUGGGUUGGUCUAUAGUAGACCAACUUUUGAAGCAGUAUCCCGAAUCUGGUACAUUUUCCAAGAUCACAGCGAUCACAAACCGACCGCUCGAUAUAUCGAGAUCAUACUGGCCCGAGACCGAUGCGACAGGUCCAAAAUUGGAACUCGUGUCAGGUGUUGAUCUACGCCACGCCGAUGGACCGACAUUUGCCGAGUCACUGAAAGACAAAUUGGAAGACAUUGCAAGUGUUACGCAUGUGUACUAUUUAGUGUUCACGGCAAUCGCCGAUGACAUUGAAGAGGUCGAUACCAAUCUACGCAUGAUGCGAAAUGUCAUCCACGCCCAUGAAAGAUUCAGUCCAAACCUUCGGUUUGUGGCCUUCCCGGGCGGAACACGGGGAUAUGGAAUUUAUGUGCCCGGUGGGACGUUCACCCCGCCUCUUCAAGAAGACAUGGUUUCAAACCUUCCACCCGAUUAUGCCGCGACAGUUGUGUACCCGGCAUACAGAAAACUUCUCAAUGAAGCUAGUGAAGGAAAAAGCUGGACAUGGUGCGAAGUUUGCCCAGAUGCAAUUAUCGGAUUUACCCCCAACGGGUCUCAAUUCAGCCUAGCACUGCACUGGGCGCAGUAUCUCUCUCUGUACGCUUUUAAUCAUGGCAAGGGCCCAAAUGCACCAUCAGCUCAAGAUGCCAUCGUGAAGAUCCCUUUCCCUGGCAAUGCUGCGGGCGCGAAUUCCCUUUUCACGCCUGCCUCCAGCCAAACAAUCGCGCGAUUUUUGGUUUAUGCUUCAUUGAACCCGGACACAUGUGGACAGGGUAAUCUCUUCAAUAUUGCCGAUCAUCAGAAGCCAUGCACGUAUGGCGAGCUUUGGCCGAAACUCGCGGAAUGGUUUGGACUAGAAGGUGUCGGACCUGCCGAUGAAUCGGAAUCGAACUUGAAUACUCUCAAGGUCGGCGAGCUUCCUGAUUCAACCGCCUCGCUUCCGCCCGGAGAAUACAUCUCAAGCCACAAGGAAAUAUUCUUGCGACACGGUUGCGAGAAUGCGGUGACCGCUGGAGUGGGAGCCGGUCACCGCCAGCUGGACAGCGUGGGUUACUGGCUGACCUUCGAUCGACAAAUGAGUCUGGAGAAGAUUCGAAAGACUGGCUUCGAAGGGGACAAGGACCCCGUUGGUGCCUGGAUUGAGAGUUUUGAGAUGUUCCGGAAAGCUGGAUUGAUUCUCUAA